AGCAUUGAUUUAAAAAUAAUCUGACAGUUUUUGUGUUGUUUACAUUUUUUUCAGCCUAAAUGAUUCAGUUUACCACGUGCCCUUGAAUACAAAUAAGCAUUAUUUUUAAACUGGAUGGUUGAAUAAUUUAUUGAAUGGUCAAAAUGGGAAUAAACCCUAAUCCGAUUAUGCUGCAGAGGUCACUGGAGUUAGAAGAGACCCGUUGAAGGUCGACAUGUCCCCACAGAGAGAUCUUUCAUUCUCUUCAUUCACUAGAAUUUACGGAUUUGACCAAAAGGAUUUGGAUUUUUAUUUUUAAUCCUGCGAUUGUAAAGUCCCGUGUCUCUGUCUCAGACGUGACCGUCGCUCGGUGACGGGAUGCUGGCCCGGGCAGCCAAUAAGCGGCUUGUCCUUCACUCCUCUCAGCCAAUCUUCUGCGGGCUGUCAGCCUGAGAGCGCAGUCAACGUGUUUGCUCCCGCAUCCUUGGAUGCGUCCAGCCUGCGGAGCGCGCGCCUCUCUCUGCUGCUCCGGUGAUGAUGGAGAACAACCGCUGCUUUGCCAACCGCUUCUCCGACUACAAGGGCGCGCUGCUCCCGGGCCAGAGCGCCGAGAUCAUCGUUCCCGCGGUCGUGGCCACCGUGGAGAAGAUCCUGAAGAAGGUGCCCGUGGAUGUCAGCGACUGUGACGGGGGGCUGUACGACGGUCCGGCGGGGGUGGCUUACAUGCUGUACCACGUCAGCGAGUGCCCGCUGUUCUCCGAGCACCGGGAGGUCUACCUGAAGACGGCCAAGCAGAUCAUCGACGUGUCUGUCAGGUACGUGGACGCGGAGCCGGACAAGAACAUGCGCGCCGCCUUCCUGCUGGGCGGAGCGGGCGUUUACGCAGCGGCCACCAUGAUCUACAAAGCCAUGGGCUUGGCGGAUUUCGUCCGACCGCUCACCAAGUUUCGCAACCUGUGGGAGGUGUGCGCGCCCAUCCACUUCCUGGAGUGUGGCUCGGAUGAGCUGUUCGUGGGGCGGGCGGGGUACCUGUGCGCCGCCCUGGUUCUCAAGCAGAAGCUGGGCAUAGAGAUUCUGAGCAAAGAUCAGAUUAAAUCCAUUUGCCAGGCGAUCAUUGAGUCAGGAAAACAAUACGCCAGGAGGAAAAGGAAGCCCUUCCCCCUCAUGUAUUCAUACUACGGAACAGAGUACCUGGGCGCAGCCCACGGCCUUUCGUCAGUGCUGCAGAUGCUGCUGAGUUACCGGGACAUGCUCAGCGGUGCGGACAGGGACCUGGUGUGGCAGAGCGUGGACUUCCUCAUGAAUCAGGAGCAGAACUGCAACUGGCCCGCCGAGCUGGGGACCAUGAUCGAGAGGGAGAACGAGCUGGUGCACUGGUGCCACGGAGCCCCGGGUGUCGCGUAUCUUUUUGCAAAAGCUUAUCUGAUCAACAAGAAACCUCAGUAUCUGGACACAUGUAUCCGCAGCGGCGAGCUGGUGUGGCAGAAAGGCCUGCUGAAGAAGGGGCCUGGGAUUUGUCACGGGAUUGCAGGCAGCGCUUACGUCUUCCUCCUACUUUAUCGGCUCACUGGAAACUCCAAAUACAUUUACAGAGCUCAGAGGUUUGCAGAGUUCAUUUUCACAGAGGAGUUCAAGGCGGGCUCGCGUUCCCUCACCAGCAUCUACAGCCUGUUUGAAGGCCUGUCAGGAACUGUCUGCUUCCUCGUCGACCUCCUGCAACCAGACCAGUCAGAGUUUCCUCUGUUCAGCGUCUUUGUGUGACACCCGUCCUCUGUGCUGAGCGUGCGCCCAUCACGGUGGACAUCUUUGCAUUGUAAAAACAACAUCUUUCACACAGCAGAGGGACGGGUUCUGUUUAGAGGCUGCAGUCGCUGUACCUUAACCGUCAUUUUUGUGUGUGUAAACGUGAGGUUUUCAAGCUUUGCUAGAAGCUUUGUAAUUAUUAGUCGCUCAUUCCAAAUAAAGAAAAGACCAAGAACUGAGGCAGAAGCUGAAUUGAGUUAUUGGAUCAUAAAUGGGUCUUUCCAGAAUUGGAGGACAUUUUGGCUUCAAAAUUCAUAAAAAACAAAUCUUGACUUUUCUGAUUUUUUGCGACAUAUUCAUCAAAAGCAGGAAAUAAAUAUCAAAGGCUUGAUAAGAUCAGCUAACAGAUCAAUUAUACAAUUUUUAUGACAUGAUAUAUUUGGUGUUUGCAAAAUUACCAUCUGUGAAAACUAGAAGAGAGGAAAGCCGUUUGCUCGAACCAUCCUUUUGUGAAACUGUUUGAUAGUGUCAAGUCCAGAGCAGAUCAUGUAAUGCUAAAAAAAAAAGGUUAACAAGGUUGUGUGCAUGUUGUGGGACUGACAAUAAUUCUUUUUUUAAAUAUUUUGUUUAAAGCAUAGCCACAAGAGACGCCUAUGAAAAAACUACCAAACAUGAACUUUAAAUUUCAUUUGAACUGUUCUAUUUAAGACUUAACUUGGACAUUAGGGGGGUUGAACAGGGAAAAAGUGGCAUCUCAGGGGGUAAUCCAGACUGUUUUGGCCUUUUUAAAACUAUUUUUAAGCCUUUUUCUGUCUUAGCUUUUGCAGAUUUGGUCUCAAAACAAUACAUAUUCAUUAGGAACUACAAAUUUUUGUAUUUUGUAUAUUUUAAAUAUAAGUAGGGCGUAAAAUAUCCUCUAAUUCUAGAAUGACCCGAAUGUACUUGGAGUUCCCUUUACUCCAAAGGGAAAUCCUCAUUUGAAGGGAAGGUUGUGGAGUUCUAAAAUCAAUGCAAACAUGAACUGACGUUGAUUGUUUUUAUUUAAUUCAAUGUAAAACUACUGACUUCCUGCUAAAAAAAAAGCGAUCCCACUGCAACCUUGAUACUUAAAGUACAAAAACUUUGAAAAGUUGAAGUUGCAGCUUCAUCGCCUUGCUUGUUGCUCUCAGGUUCCACAUGUGCACUAUUGACAGUAGAGUAAAUGUAGUUACACCUGCUUUGCACAACAUACCAGCUCAGUCAUCCCAGCUGAGUCUUUUAGACACACUAACUUUAGUUGAUUUUGUUCUCGACCUAUCAAGCAAUUUUAUCAACUAAAAACCUGGUAUUUGUGGAACUUUUGAUGUUUUUUCAUCUCGCUUUCUUCUUGCCGUACCAGCAUCCUUUUGAUCUUAUGUCACACCGUGUGCCAGCUGUUUUUCUAUGUGUCCAGCUCUGUUAGAUGCUAUAAAAAUAGUCAAUUUUACAGCAGGAAACAUUUUAAUCGGUGUGACAAGAUGGAGAACACAGCAGAAAUCUGAGUCAUAUUGCAAAAACCGCUUUAUUCAGUUAAGUCAUUGAUGUUGGUUUGACGUACAUAUAAAAUGUGGCCUUAAAAAUGUUCAACUAACACUUGUAUUUGAUCACAUCUCAGAGUGGAAAGGAUGAUAAAAAAUGCUUGUGAACAGCAGCAAACCAACGCAGUUUCCUGAUGCUAUCUGUGCCUGUGGCUGCACAUUUAGAAGCUGUUUGUGUAACAUUUGCUGUUUUCUUUUUCUUUUUUUGGCAUUUGUUAUCCUAGCUGUAAAAAAAAGGUGAGACCAAGCCAUGAUUGUAAAAAUAAAGUGUCUAACUGUAUGAAAUAAUAAACAGAACAUACAAGAGAAA